GGUCAUGGCGGAGCUCAAGUCGCUGUCUGGGGAAACGUACCUGGCACUGAGCCACGGCUACACCGCGACCGGCCACGCCUACGCAGCGGCGCGCGGACCAGAAACUACUCGAGGCUUUGGUGCAUCCAGUCCAGGUGGCGACCUCCCGGCGGCGCCUGCUUCCCGCGUCCCUGCCGCGACGGUCGAGAGCAGUGGGGAGCAGAGCGGCGACGAGGACGACGCCUUCGAGAGCCGGCGGCGGCGGCGAGGGCCCGGGGUCUCGGUGGAUGCACGGCGGCGGCCCCGGGAGCAGCGCUCUCUACGGCUGAGCAUCAACGCACGCGAACGACGGCGAAUGCACGACCUGAACGACGCGCUGGACGGACUGCGCGCAGUCAUCCCCUAUGCGCACAGCCCGUCGGUGCGCAAGCUCUCCAAGAUCGCCACGCUGCUGCUGGCCAAGAACUACAUCCUCAUGCAGGCUCAGGCCCUGGAGGAGAUGCGGCGCCUGGUGGCCUACCUCAACCAAGGCCACGGCCUCGCUGCGCCUGUGGCCGCCACGCCACUGACCCCCUUCGGCCAGGCAGCAGUCUACCCGUUCUCGGCGGGCGCGGCGCUCGGGCCCUGCCCAGACAAGUGUGCCGCCUUCUCCGGAUCGCCCUCGGCGCUUUGCAAGCACUGCGGCGAGAAGCCCUGACGGUGCGAGUCCCUCCGCAGCCGCCUAUUUAGACUAUCCACUGUCCUCACUGGCGGGACCCGAUGGGGAGAAGGCAGCCGGACCCCGGACCGACCCUGCUUGCAGAACUGUUGGGUGCAGAACGCGAAGUCGGUUCUGGCAGAGUCAGACUGUACUCAAGACCCCACCGCAUCCACAGAGCUCUCUCGGCGUCCGCUGGGCGUUGUCAGCGCUCUAGAGGUGAGAACGACAAAUUACCAGCCGUCCGCCAAAAGAAAGCCACUGGGAGGGAACAGGUAGUGGCUGGUCCCACUUCUGACAGGUGACUCUGCUCUGGAGCGCAAGCACAGAGCAUCACUUGACCACUUCCUAACACUAGGGAUCGUCCUCUGCCCCAAUCCCUUCUAAGCCAACCUGCAGGGCCUUGCUCCGUGUGGACCCUCAACGGGGACCUCUAACAGCUCCAAGACUCCGGACCGGCCGCUGAGCGAGAUUGCCCCGCAGUCCUUUGCAAAGGACAUGAGGGCAGGCGUAGGAAGAAUCCAGGAGCUGAGAUUUGCAGCAUUUUCCAAGUCUGAGCUUGUUCUCUUAACGUUCUUUCCUGCCCAAAGGCUCAGGAAACCGACUUUGGCCUCAAAGUCUGUGAACUCAUCCCUAAAUAUGCCCGGAUCUCCAGCGCCUGCCUCCAGUGGGCUGGGAUGGACGUCAUUUCGUUCUGCAUGUUCCAAGGGGACUGGUGGAAUACAGGUCCUCACAACUUGCACGGGGCUACUUGACCCUGGAGGGUCAGCCAAGGCCUCCCGUCUAGAUUCAGGGCCAACCAAACCCCUCUGCGCCAGUUCGGGAACUUCUGGAGGAAGCCGGGCUACCGGUGAGUACCCGGCCGCUGGACUGGUCGUUCGCAAAGUCGGACCGCAACCCAGAAUCCUGACACUGUCCCUAGUCAGAGGCUUAGCCCGGGAGCCCGAGAUGCUUGCUGGUUUUCGCUCGGUGGGUCGGCAGUUUCCGCCUCUGCUUACCCAAUUAUCUUGGCCUUCGUAGAUGCAAAGCAAAUCGGGAGAGGGCUGCCGCCCUACAAAGCGCCUGUCUAUAGCGCUUAACUUCAAUUAAUGCAUUUGAAAAGGCCCUUUUGUAUUUGCAAAAUGAC